AUGGAGGUCCGUAUCGUCCGGUCCAUAAAUCUCCUCUCGUCCUCUCGCCGCUCCAUCCUCCGACAAUGUCCCCUAUCCCGCUCUCCAGCAUCAAUUGCCGCCAUCGCAAGACCAAUAAACACCUCAGCACCCCUUAAUUCUUCCGAGAAACCUCCUCCUUCCUCCCAACCAGGGCCAGAAGGCGAAUCAGGUUCUCCACAGCAACAAUCACAAUUGCAACCACAACCACGCCUUCGACAAAACCAGCCAGUCAAACCUUGGUCCCCAGGAGAUUUAUUGAAGGGACCAUCUAAAAGCCCGACUCUCCGCAACAGCAGCACCAGCACCAGCAACAAAGAUGACAACCUCGCCAAAGUGACCGAUAUACUGAAUAACUUCAUCCCGCGCUCUAACCAGCCGCGACAAGCCAACAAUCCUUUCCAACCACGCACAUCGCAAGACGCAGCUAUGUACAGACAGGUUCGCGAGGCAGUGGGCCAGUCGCAAAAGUUUCGAGUGCCCACUGUCAACAUGCGGCUGGGUCCGGAGCUGGGCCGUACCGUCGCAGUAGACCCGAAAGCGGGCGUUGAUGUAGCGACGGCAUUCCAAAUGAUGGAAACCAGGGUUAGGCGGAAUAAGGUCAAGUCGAUGAUGAUGAAGCAGCGGUUUCAUGUUAGGAGGGGCCAAUUAAAGAAACAGUUGAGGAUGGAGAGGUGGCAGAAGUUGUUUAAGAUGUCGUUUCAGCACACGGUUAGGAGAUGUGAGAAAUUGAGGAAGCAGGGCUGGUAG